GCUCCUGGGAGGCUUCACUUCCGGACCGCAGCCGGGGCCGCUGCCCCUGUUGUCAUAGCGACCGUUUUACGUUAACUGGUUUGUACUUUCAUCCAGGUGGCCUGGCAACUGCGGGGGGCCGCUCUCCCGCCGUUCCCUGUGGGCCCAGGGAGGCCCCAAGGCCUCAGCAGGCUCCGGGGUUCUGGCCUAGGGUUCCGCUGCGCCCCGCGUGGGCAGGAUGGCUGCGGAAGAAGAGGAUGAGGUGGAAUGGGUGGUGGAGAGCAUCGCGGGGUUCCUGCGGGGCCCGGACUGGUCCAUUCCCAUCUUGGACUUUGUGGAGCAGAAAUGUGAAGUUUUUGAUGAUGAAGAAGAAAGCAAAUUGACCUAUACAGAGAUUCAUCAGGAAUACAAAGAACUAGUUGAAAAGCUAUUAGAAAGUUACCUCAAAGAAAUCGGAAUUAAUGAAGAUCAAUUUCAAGAAGCAUGCACUUCUCCUCUUGCUAAGACACGCACAUCACAGGCAAUUUUACAACCUGUUCUGGCUGCUGAAGAUUUCACCAUCUUUAAGGCAAUGAUGGUUCAAAAAAACAUUGAAAUGCAGUUGCAAGCCAUUCGAAUAAUUCAAGAGCGAAACGGUGUGCUACCUGACUGCUUAACGGAUGGUUCAGAUGUAGUCAGUGACCUUGAACAGGAAGAAAUGAAAAUCCUGAGGGAAGUUCUUAGAAAAUCAAAAGAGGAGUACGACCAGGAAGAAGAAAGGAAGAGAAAAAAGCAGUUGUCAGAGGCUCCAACAGAAGAGCCCCCAGUGCAUGCUAGUGAAGCUACAAUAAUGAAUAGUUCUCAAAGAGAUGGACAGUGUGCACACCCACCCUCAGAAAGUCAAAUUCAACUUGGGAAUCAGUCAGUACAACCUUUGACAAGAAAGUUGGAAUUACUGCCUGAAACUUCCUCCUUGCCACAAAAAGGCCUGAAAACUCCUGGCUCAGAACAUGCAAGCAUUGAAGGAUCAAUAGCAAAUUUAUCUGCACUUGGAACUGAAGAGCUCAGACAACGAGAACACUAUCUCAAGCAGAAGAGAGAUAAGCUAAUGUCCAUGAGAAAGGAAUUGAGAACUAAGCAGAUACAAAACUCAGAGCAGAAAGAACAACCUUCUGAGGAUGUAGAGGAAAUGACAGAGAAACCAGAAAUGACAGCAGAGGAGAAGCAAACAUUAUUAAAGAGGAGAUUGCUUGCAGAGAAACUUAAAGAAGAAGUUAUUAAUAAGUGAUACUUUAAAAUCAAUUAGCUAAAUGAGUUGAAAUUUUCAUAAAAAUAAAUUAUCAAUCUGUUAAGUUUCAAACAGUUGUGUCUAUAAUGCAAAUUAUAAAAAUAAUUUUCUUCUUUAUGCUUUGAGGUGAAGAGCAGUGGGGAAGAUAGCUUAUGCUGACCAAUUUACUAUUCGUUGGUAUCUUGGAGAGGAUAUUGAAAAUUAUGUUAUAUACAUUAUUUCAGACUUAUAUAAGUUUACCUAUUUUUAAUGUUACAUUUAUUUAUGCUAAUCAUCGUUAGAAUGCGUCCAAAAAUUCACUUGUCUACUAGAUCCUUGGGCCUAGCCUUCAUGGAGCCGAUGAAGAACCAAAAAAACAAACUCUGGAAAGGUGGCUUGAAGGUACAAAGUGUAAGGUGCUUACUUUGCAGGCAGCUGAUGUGUAAAGCCCCAUCAUAACAUAUGGUCUCCUGAGGCCUGUCAGGAUUAACUCUUAAGCACCACCAGAUGUGGCCCAAAAACAUAAAGGAAAAAAGGGAAAGAUUUGUUUUCUGUAAAGCCCCGUCAUAACAUAUGGUCUUCUGAGACCUGUUAGGAUUAACUCUUAAGCACCACCAGAUGUGGCCCAAAAACAAAAAGGAAAAAAGGGAAAGAUUUGGUAUCACUGAGGCUGGCCAAAGUGUCCUAGAUAGUUUUCUGUAGACAUUUUGCUUAAAGAUACCCAAAAUGUCUGAAACUUCUGUAGACAUUUUGCUUAAAGAUACCCAAAAUGACCUUUCUGAAACUUAUCCAUGCCCUUUAUUCAUGGGCCACUCUUACAUCUAUUAUUAUAAACUAAAAACUAACCAAAACUUAGUUUGACUUGACUUUAACCUGCAGAGAAAAACCAGUAUUACUGUUAUAUUUUCAUCAGUUAGAUGAACAAGAGGAAAAACUUGUAUUAAAACACAGAAAUGUUUCAUGUAACUUUUUAUUAAAAAUACUUUUUAUAUUGGAUACAUAUUUUACAAAUAUACUUUUAAGAGAACCUCAGGCAUACACUGUGGGCUCUGAAUUGCUUAAGAUAAAAAUUUAUUAAAAAAAAAUAGGAUCUGCCUGAGGGUAGUCAUUUAGUUAAGACAGCAGCUAGCAUGCGGAAUCUUGUUAUUCUUUCAAAGGGUAAUAUUUUAAAUCAUGGCGUCAUAUCACUGUGGUGAGUGGAUGUGACAUGAAAACUUAUCCUUACAAAGUUAUAAGCAUUCACACUUCUGCCAUAAGAAAAAUAUCCUGUGACAAUUUAAAAGUUUGACUUGUGACAUUUGAAAUUCCUAUGGGAAAUGAAAUAAACCCAGUUAAGAUACAAGGAUAAUGCUUCUUACUGGAACGGAGAAUUAAUCAAAAAUAAUACAAGAUUUCAAGUGUGUGCUAUUUAGAUUACAAGAGGAAAUUAAUAAGAGAUAAGAAUAAAGAGGGGCUUGAUAAAACUUGCUUAAAAGAAGAUGUAUUCAUAUGGUUACUCAAUUGAGCCUUGGUUUAAAAUGUCCUGAGUAAUUUGCUUUGAGGUGAAAGGUCUUUGUCAUUAUAUGUAUUUUAAUAAAGACAUAAGAGUAAUUCCAUGCUAUAA